CACAUUUCAAAAAGAAUAUUGGCUUUUAGCCAAUCAUUGGCGUGAGUACCCUAAAUAUACCAGAUUCGCGUUUGCCUAUAGUCGGUCACUCUAUUAAAUAAGCUAAAAAUUAUAUUCACCAUAAAUAUAUUCCACGAAUCGAAUUGGACGUCAUGUCGAGAACAAUUGUAGUAAAAAAUCCGCGAACUUCGGGCAAGGAUGAGGACAAAGCUCAGAUACCUUCCCAGGACGAGUUGCCCUCAGGUUCAUCUGGGGCAAAAACAACGAAUCAAAUUAUUAGCGAGUUUCGUGCCCUAAUCAAGGAUCCCAUCAAAUUAGACGAGGCGGUGAACUAUUUGUAUGAAACACUAGUCGAUGAUGCCGCAGUCGGCAUAUUCAUAGAGACCCGUCAACUUCAAAAAACCGGAAGCCUGACAGCCUUGGAGGGAACAGUUGAGGAGACCAAUGACAUGUGCGAUUUGCCCGAUUGCGAUAUAUUUGGCAUGUCAACAGCAGAAAAGACUGCGAAAUGCUGUUGCCCCAACUGUGAGAGGAUGGUGGCGGCUGUUCGCUUUGCACCGCAUCUGCAAACUUGCCUGGGCUUGGGUAGAUCCUCAUCGAGAGCUGCAUUACGCCGCCUAACCGUCAGUUCCAGGUCGUCCUCCACAUCUACUGGUGGCGGGCAGGCCAAUGAAAAGAGCACUGACGAUGAGGACUGGUCAUUGGACAGUCGUCCCGGGAAAUCCACUAAAAACUCACGUAACAAGGGUUCGAAAAAAAACCAGAAAAAUAAAUUAAAAUAAUUGAACGAUUUCUAAAGUCCAUCACUAAAU